CUUGCUAGGCAGAGGGGGGAAGUGGUAUUUUUCUAUCAGCCCUGCUCCCCUCUCACCGUGCAACGGAAUUGGAAGGAGGGGGCUGGGACAGAGCCAUGACGGAGUCCAUCUUGCUGCUGCGAUGAACAAGAAGCAGCCGCCGGUAUCCAAGGGACGCAGAUGAACUUUCGGUCACAAUAAUUUGGUGUCUCAUGAGUGUGGCCGUCAGAGAUCCUCCACAGAAUAAGGCUGGCUGGAAACCACGUAUGAACUGCCAUAGGCACAAGCAAGGCUGAUGUCUGCCUAGUAGGGGGCUGUGAUGGACACGUGCUCCACACACCGCUUGUGUGUACACAUGCUAUCUACCCAUGCAUAAACAGCACUCAUGCAAACAACACUUGAACACACAAAUUUACAUGUGAUGGCUACUAUCUUGGCCAACAUACCGAAGACUGAACAGGGAACUUUGUGAGUUUCUACAAUUUAAGCUAAAGAGCCAAGCUCUCGGGCUGAGAGCUCUAAGAGACGCACACCCUCUGGGUUGGGCGCAGAGGGAGAAUUCAUAACACACAUGCACACACAAGACCAUGUGCAGGUACAGAUACAUGUGCAUCAUCGCAUCUCUGAUAUUCAGCGAGUGCAUUUCUACCUGUGCUUGUUCGUUCUACUUGUCUCCACUGCUAACCUUCAACUGGGGCGUCUUCCCUUUCAGCUCGUCAUGAGGUUAUUCAUCAUUUCCUGUCAAAGUGUUGUGCAAGCAGUGCUGUGUCCCACUUCAGUAAUGGGGGAAGUGAUUCCCAUAUAACUUGUAAAGUAUUUGGAGAUUUAGAGAAAUAUAAAUGGGUCUUAGCCUUGGCCUGAAAGCUGCAGUCCAUUGAUGUACGGCUCGUUGGCAGGUCCCAGCCUAACUCCCGCCCCACUUUUUUACUUGGACGUGUCUUCCGACCCCCCUGCCCGAGAAGACUCCGCCCGGCUCGUCUGCAUCGCGCCGAGUGCCUACGUGGAGAGCGAGUUCUGGUUGCUGAAGACGGACCUGGCUCAGCCUGUACAGACGCUGUUUGCCUCGGAGGCCCAGCACCAAGUCACCUUCAUCCUGGGGAACGUCACCGGGAAGGACGCCGGGCAGUACCGAUGCCAGUACCGCCGCUACAACGGGAGUGCCUGGCAGAUGUCAAAGUUCAGCAAUGUGGUGGAGAUCGCGGUGGCAGCAACUCCGACUGCUCCUCCCCCAGCUUCCACGGCUGCUCCAGAAGGUUCCCCGUGGCUGCUCCCUGUGACCCUCAGCGUGGCUGGAGCUUUGCUUCUGACCGUGGGCCUAGUGGUAGCAGUUGUGGCAGUCAGGCGAGUUAACGCCAGAAGACAACAGCUGAAAAGGGAUCAGGAAUCGUGCUGGACAGAAAGGAACUUUCCCACAACAGACAUGUCGUUCGAUAAUGGCCUGUUCACCGUCUCAGUGACAAUGGACCUGGAAGCCACAGGCAGCCAAGAUGCCUACAUCUCCCCAGGUUCCAGGAAAAGCCUCCGCUCCACUUCCUCUCUGGGAACCAACAGCUUCAGCACAUUCAAGUCCUUGCAAUGAGGGCCCGGGUGGAGGCCGGCCCCGGAUGCUCCAGCUAGCAACCCCCUGGUCCCAGCCCCGGCCCUUUCCUUAGUCCUUCCUUGGGCUCGAAGUCUCCCCCAGAACAGGGCAUCUGCCAGAGGGGCCAUUACCGGGGUGCGAGAGGAGAAUGAGCUUCAGUUAAGCCUCGUGCCUUGCUGUGCGCUUCCAGGAUCAUGUGACAUGGACACCAUGAAAAGACGCCCAGAAUCUAGUCUACCUCCCGCACCGUGAGCAGCGUCACCGGCUCAGCCCUGGCAGCUGACUCGAUCCCUGGGGCAGAUGCUAGAAGCAGGAAGAGCCCAGCUGGGGUUGCAUAUCUUUGGGGUAGGAUUCGUGUGGCUGGCACUGGAUUCUUCCACCGUAGCCAGAACAAAAAGAAGAACAGGAGUACUUGUGGCACCUUAGAGACUAACAAAUUUAUUAGAGCAUAAGCUUUCGUGGACUACACGUAGUCAGAACGACAUUCACACCAGCCAGCCAACCCUUUCCACCCCUCCACAAUCCCCUUCCUCCAAGCAGCGCUUCCCCAGGAUGACCUGACAUGGGGGGAGAGCCAAAGUCUCCAUAAAGUCCACUGCCCGUGAAGGCUGUCGUCAGACUAUCGUACGCGGAAGGCGCUCCUGGAUUGCUGUGAUGAGCAGCAGCUGUAAACCUGAGAUGGACAGAGGAUGCACAUAGGGAUGGAUAGAUAGAGGGGUGUGGAUGGACGGGUGUGUCUGGGGAUGGACAUAGGGGGACGGAUAGAUGGGUGGGUGGGAGUGGGGAUGGAUGUAUGGAUGGAUAUGCGGCUGUGUCUGGGAAUGGACAGUUGGAUUUGCACACCAAACACAUUUCAUCUGGAAUCACCGAGGAGAGAAUGAGCGUGGAAGCCCCAAAGGAACUGCUUUCCCGCCUAACUCCCCCCAACUCGAACUCCCUUGUCUUCUGCCUGAGACUUUCACUGAGGGGCUUUGCAGAAUGUUUAUACGUUUGCUUUUUGUUUCUGUAGGAAGUGAGUGUGGUCUAGCGAUUAGACCAGGGAGCCAGGACUCCUGGGUUCUAUACCCAGCUUGGGAUGUGACCUUAGGAAAGCCUCUUCCCCUCUCUGUGACAUAGUUUCCCUAUCUGUAAGAGGGAUGAUAAUGACCCCCCCCCCAGGAUUGUUUCCCAGCCUCUUUGAAAAUAUUAAGCACUAAGUGUUACAGUGUCUCCAGCUGCCACUGGAAACUAAGGUCAUUUUCUGAUUCAAUAAAGAUGUAAAUUUGU